AUGGUAUCAAGUCUACUUGCUCGUUGUAUCAUUGUAACUAUUGGUACACUAUAUCCCGGGUAUCGAUCAUACAAAUCACUUAUUAAUUCAGAUUUACGUGAAGUGGUUAAUUGUCUUCGAUAUUGGAUUGUAUUUUCUGUAUUUAUUGCAUGUGAAACAAUAACUGAUAUUUUUCUAUCAUGGUUUCCAUUUUAUUAUUGGAUUAAAAUUUUUCUUGUACUUUGGAUGAUUUCACCAGCUGGUUCAACACUUUUAUAUAAACGUUUUGUUCAACCGGUGCUUAAAGAACGUGAACAAGAAAUUGAUCAAUUACUUGAACAAACUAAACAAAAAGGCUAUACGACAUUAUGUGAUUUAACUAGUAAAAGUUUUCGUUAUGCAUCAAACAUGUUUUUAAAUACUGCUGUAUUGGGUCAAGCAUAUUUAGGUGAACAUUUGAAACGUUCACUAAGUACAAGUGAUCUUGAUAGUAGCCCAUUAAAAAGUUUAUUUAGUCCACCUGAUACAUUACUUGAAGAAGAUGAAGAAAUAGAUCCAAAAGUGAAUAAACGUUUGAAGGAAGCUCAGACACAUCCAUCAAAAAGCAACAAUAAUGUUAAUAGACGAGCACGCUUACAACAACGAGAAAAUCCUGAUAAUACAAUUGAGAAUCCAUUGGGUGAAUUAAAAACGUCAGAAGAUAUAAUUCGUAAAAAACAACGUGCAGGAAACAAAACAAGUUCGACAGUCUAUUCAUCAAAUGAAAGUGCUCAUAUUGGAACGAUCUCAAAACGACAAAUGGCGAAAACAACAACAACAACAACAACUAAAAAACCUGUAGCUAAACCAACACGAGCUGUUGAACAAGAAAUAAAUGCUUCAAAUGACAUCGAUGAUGAAAAUGAAAAUGUUUAA